AUGUCUGGCUUGGGCAACGCACGCCACUACAAGCGCCCCGGAGAAGCGUGGGCAGGCCAGGGCCAGCUGUCGCGCCACUGCCCUCUCUGGGCGGGAAUGAUCUCCAUCGCUCUUAGACUGGCAAAGGAAAGCAAGGUUGGCAGGGCUGGGGCAGCUGGUGACCUCGCCGACGUGCUGGCAAAGAUGGCCAAUCUAGCGCAGAGUCAUGGCUAUAUAUACGCCAUUGAAGAGAAGGUCAAUGAGUUCUGGAGGCAUGCCCAUUCCGAGAACACCAGUUCCAACUCGGAAAGCGCCUCGGAGAGUGAUGGCCUGGGUGACGACGACAUGGAGUAG